GAAACUCCGCGCGCCCGAGCCCGGGGGCAGCCGAGACAAAGGACCCCGCGCGGGGCACGCCGGGAAGGGGGCGGGGCCUGCCCGAGUCCAGGUCCCGGCGUGCACCGCGAAGGGUCGGAGGUCAGGGGGCGGGGCCGGCGGCGGAGCGCUGAGGCUGGGCCCGGGCACAGGCGCCAGGCGAUGGCAGCAUGGAGGAGGCAGCAGCUGAGGCAGCGCCGGCGGUGACCGCGGCGGCGGCGGAGGCGAAAGCCGCGGAGGAGGAGGAGGAGGAUGAGGAUGAGGAUGAGGAGGGAGCUGAGGGGCCCGAGGGCGAGCUGGCGGAGCGGUUCCUGCGGCUGGAGCAGGAGCAGCUGGCGGCGCUGCGGGGGCUGGCGCUGGGCGGGGAGCCUGUGAGCCUCAUCUACAGCCCCCUGGAGUACGCCUGGGAGCCUCACUGCUGCUUCGUGCGGCGCUACUGCCGCGGCCCCAAGCGCGUCCUCUUCCUGGGCAUGAACCCGGGGCCCUUCGGCAUGGCCCAGACCGGGGUGCCCUUCGGAGAGGCCUGGCACGUCCGGGAGUGGCUGGGGGUCAGCGGGGGGGUGGGGAAGCCCCCCCAGGAGCACCCCAAGCGCCCGGUGCUGGGGCUGAGCUGCCCCCGGGCCGAGGUGAGCGGCGCCAGGUUCUGGGGGCUCAUCCGCAGCCUCUGCCCCGACCCCCACCGCUUCUUCCGCCACUGCUUCGUCCACAACCACUGCCCCCUCCUCUUCCUCGCCGCCAGCGGCCGCAACCUCACCCCCGCCGAGCUGCCCGCGGCGCGGCGGUGCCAGCUGCUGGCGGCCUGCGACCGGGCGCUGGCGCGGGCCGUGGGCACCCUGGGCGUGGGCAUGGUCGUGGGGCUGGGCCGGUUCGCGGAGCGCAGGGCGCGGCGGGCGCUGGCGGCGGCGGGCACCGCGGUGCGGGUAGAGAGCCUGCCCCACCCCUCCCCCCGCAGCGCCCGCGCCCGCGGCGGCUGGGAGCGGCUGGCACGGGAGCGGCUGGCGGAGCUGGGGGUGCUGCGGCUGCUGGCGGCGGGCGGCGGCGGGGGGGGCACGGUGCCAGGCUCGGGCAGGUAG